ACUCCCAAGAUGGCGGCGGCGUCGGAGGAGCGGAUGGCUGAGGAAGGAGGCGGCGGCCACGGCGAUGGCUGCCCCUCUUCUGCUGCGGGCUCUGCCCAGCGACAGCCCCUACCGCCCCCGUCCCAACCCCCGCAGCCGGGGUCCCAGGCGCCCCCAGCGUCGGCGCUGGCUCCAGACCAGCUGCCUCAAAACAACACGCUGGUGGCGCUGCCCAUCGUAGCCAUCGAGAACAUCCUCAGCUUUAUGUCCUACGACGAAAUUAGCCAGCUCCGCCUGGUUUGUAAAAGAAUGGACUUGGUCUGCCAGAGAAUGUUGAAUCAGGGAUUUCUGAAAGUGGAGAGGUAUCAUAAUCUAUGUCAGAAACAAGUCAAAGCACAACUUCCAAGGAGAGAAUCAGAAAGGAGAAAUCACUCAUUAGCUCGUCAUGCAGACAUCCUUGCUGCUGUUGAAACACGGCUGUCACUGUUAAAUAUGACUUUCAUGAAGUAUGUGGAUUCCAAUCUCUGUUGCUUCAUCCCAGGAAAGGUGAUUGAUGAGAUUUACCGUGUGCUGAGAUAUGUCAAUUCUACCAGAGCCCCUCAACGAGCCCAUGAAGUACUACAAGAGUUAAGGGAUAUUUCCUCCAUGGCAAUGGAAUACUUUGAUGAAAAGAUUGUUCCAAUUCUAAAGAGGAAGUUGCCAGGAUCAGAUGUGUCUGGAAGACUCAUGGGCUCUCCUCCAGUUCCAGGACCAUCUGCAGCCCUAACAACAAUGCAGCUCUUCUCUAAGCAAAAUCCUUCCAGACAAGAGGUUACCAAACUCCAGCAGCAGGUUAAAACAAAUGGCGCUGGUGUGACUGUUCUCAGGCGUGAAAUUUCUGAGCUUCGCACCAAAGUGCAAGAACAGCAGAAGCAGCUUCAAGACCAAGACCAGAAACUGCUAGAGCAGACCCAGAUCAUAGGUGAACAGAAUGCACGGCUGGCAGAGCUGGAACGCAAACUACGAGAAGUAAUGGAAAGUGCAGUAGGAAACUCCUCGGGGUCUGGGCAGAAUGAGGAGUCUCCUCGGAAACGAAAAAAGGCAGCAGAAGCCAUAGACUCUCUUAGGAAAUCUAAACGUCUUCGGAAUAGAAAGUAAAUUGGAACAUGGUCCUAGCGCCAGAGGAACCUGGGGCUGAGUAGCUUAAGCAGUUAUGCAUAUCAGGACACUGUGAGCAACACGGUGUCCCUUAGGCUCCUGGGCCCUCAGAACACAACUUGAACUCUUAGGGUUGGGACACUCUUUUCCCGCUUCUCCUGGUUGAACUGAUGCACAGAAUCUUUUUACUUUGCAAUAGAUUUGUACUAACCAGACCUGUUCUAUCAUGUUUUGAGGAGUUAACUUUUUUUUCUGUGCAGAUAAUGUUUGAAGUAAGUUUAUUUGUUUCUGCAUAUAUGCACAUUACAUAAGGAUCUUAAACCCAGUCUUGACAGACAAGAAGUUAAUACAGAAAAUGUCCUGUUCACUUGAAAGAAAAAUCUACUUUUUAAAUGGACACUAUCUUGUUUUAAAAAAAAAAAAAACGUUGACUUUUUGUUAUAAGUGACCUUUGUCUGGAAUGUCUGAAAAGUAGUUCAUGCUUUUUGGUAUUGAAGUAAUGGGUAACUAAAAAGAACUUCCAUAGUAUUGACUGUAGAAGGAGCCUCUACAGUAUUGACUAUAUAUUUUUAUAAACUACUGGCAAGGGACUUACCCAGUUAUUAUAUACAUGUUUUCAGUUCUCUUUCGGGGCCAUGUCCUACAUUUGCAUGGAUGGAUGCAUGCAUUGCCUAGUCAACUCACUUAAAAAGCUCUUGCACUGGUAUUGAUCUUGAACCUCUGUACUGCUCCACUUUUUAGAACAGUGUCUUAGUUUAUUUAAGGCUUAACAUCUUCCACUACAACAGCUUGCCUCUGGAGGGGAGCGGGGAUUCUUAUCCAUUUGUCCUCCAUUUUUAUAAUAACAAGAGACUAUGAAAGCCCAUUGCUUUAUCUGUUGUCUGUAAGGUUCAGGUACACUGGCUAAUAAGGCAGAACCUCAGAUUCCAAGGCUCUUUCUGUCAGACCUCCAGGAGCUGGCACUGAUCCUCUCUCUCACUGUCUGCUCAUUGAUCAAAUGUGAUUGAGUAAGGGACCCAAUGUGUGGGAUUCAGUUUUGCCAUUAAAGGAAAGUUCAUUGAAGAAAAUUGUACCAUAAAAAAGCCUUUUGAUCAUUUCAUUUAUGAGGGAUGACCUGAGGAAAGCUUUUAACAUUCAUUUCAAGCUUUCCUAUUCUAUAACUAAACAAAAGCUUUAAUUUUGUUUGCACUCCUGUUUUGAGCUUGUAACUGGAAAAGCAUGUCUUGCACUGUUCAACACUUCUGAGUGGUCACUUUAACAGCUUCCAAAUUGUGUAUAGUGGGUUUUUUUCCCCAGUUGUAUAUUUUUGAGACAUCCAGUUGUCACUGUCCUUGUUUUAUUUUAUGUACUAAAUUAUGUAGUUAUUUGUUCUUUUAAACAACUGUUGCCUUGGGCUUCAGUUAUUAACGGUAAAUCUAAGUGUAAUAUAAAAAACUAUCCCUUCCCAGGUGAGUUUGACACCUGUAUAAAACCUAAGGUUUUGGUAAGUACCUUAGUUUAGUUGAAUAAAAGCACAAGGUUACCACCUUUUUUAUCCGUCCAACAUGACAUGGUUAUGCAUCCUUUAGGUUAAUCUCAACAAAUGGAACUUUUUCCUAUCCAUUUUUAAUAUUGUCCUUUCAUAAUAUUGUCCUUAGAUUUUGAUCAAUUCUAUGUCUAACUUUGAAACUCCAUUUAACAAUGUAGUAUGUUUUCAAUGAAAAACCAUAAAGUAACAUCCAAAUGUUUCAUGGUUUGUUGGGAAGGUAAUUUAAAAAUAAACAGUUUCCGAAAAACAUUCGUCAGCCCAGGUCAUCCAUAAAAGUCCCCGUCUGGAACUCGUUUUCUCAGCAGGUCUCAUUUUUGUAAUCAUAGGAUUUAGCCAUAUUAUCACAUCUUUGGAGGGAGGCCUACUGGAAUACUUAGGGCCUUUAAUAUUCUGCUUUUCUGGAAGAUUUUUUUUUUUUAAAUAUCAAAGUACGUGUUUACAGGUCAACGAAGUAUGAUCCUUAUGCAUCAAAGGGAUAUUAGCCUUGAGUUAUUUCUUUAAUAGUUGUCCUUUAAACUACAUCUAGCUAGCCUAAAUGUAUGUAUAGUUUCCAUUAGUUAACAUGAAUAUAGGAUACGGCUUUCAUAAUGAGCAUUCACGUCCUGAUAAACAUUAAAAGGUAGAUGUUCUCUUCUAAAAUCCAGAUUUCUACAGUAUACACUUGCAAUCUCCUGUCCAUAAUGUUAAGUUGUGCUUGUUAAUACAGAAAUAUUCCAUAACAGGAGAAAACACUACAAUUGCUUAAGUGUUAAGAUUACUUAGACUAUCUAGCUAACAUGUUAGGAUAUUGCCUUCACCAUUUAUUAGGACAGUUAUUUGAUAACUGUUAACACUUGCUUUUGGAUAGUGUAGUGAUAUUUUAGAUUCAAAAAAUCAGAUUAUUUGGAUCAGCUAAAACUGACACAUAUUAAUGGAAAAUUGUAAAUUAACAUCCUAAGAGAAUCAUCCUGCCUGGCAUUUUAUGUCAGAAACGUAAAUACUAUGUUGUUAAUAUUGUGUUGUCCUGGUAUAACAUUUCAUGAAGUAUUCCCAUCAGCUUCCUUGGCUGUUUCUCAAUGGUUCGUUCCCACAUGUAAAUUCAUUAUGGUACCACACUAUCCACAUGGAUGAAAUGUGAAAGGUAUGUAAAAAAACAAAGAGGACUGACUGGCCCCACCCCUCUGGCCUUCCCUGCUUAUCUCCCACAGGGACUUGGCUCACUUGCUUUUCGAGGUAUUGUUUCUCAGACUCCUCUUGAUGUAAAGAGUCUGGAAAUAAGGAGACAAACACAGAUGUAUUCAGAGUACUCAGACUGUUUUAGAGACUCUUGGGGUGCCAUCAGGUCUAAAGCCACUGGUUUUGGAAGCUUUUUUUUUUUUUUUUUUUCUUUUUUUUUUUUUUU